AACAAUUGUCCACUCAUUAGCAGAAAGCAAAUGCAACACUAAAACUGGAAGAGAGCAAGUGACAGAACACCAAGGAACAAAUGGCACUGGUUGGAAGCCUGGGCAUAAUAUUAACUUUAUACUCUCCCAGGUGCACGUUCCUCCCAGGUAGAAGCAGAGAACAAGGGCCAUGCCAUAGACUGCAGUUAUCCCAGGACCCAGUGAAUUCAGGAAGCACUCAGGAUUGCAGGUCCACUGAGCUUCCUGCAGAAACACCAGUUGCAGAAAUGGACACUUUCACAACUUCUCAGACAAACAGUUCUACCUGCGACUUGUAUGAACAUAAGGAUACAGCAAGGAUAAUCCUGUCUGUGUUCUACAGCCUCAUCUUAAUUCUUGGAGUACUCGGAAACACAAUUGCCCUCACUGUCAUUUUUAAAAACAGAAAGAAGAUAAACUCUACUACCCUCUAUUCAACAAAUCUCGUCCUCUCAGAUCUACUGUUCUGUAUUGCCCUGCCUACAAGGAUAGCCUACUAUGCCCUGGGAUUCCACUGGCCUUUUGGAGAAGCAUUAUGUCGAAUAACUGCUCUCUUGUUUUACAUUAACACUUAUGCAGGUGUGAACUUCAUGACAUGUCUGAGUAUUGACAGAUUUUUUGCCGUCGUCCAUCCAUUCCGAUACAAGAUCAGAAGGAUUAAAUAUGCCAAGGGCAUUUGUGUAUUUAUCUGGUUUCUUGUAUUCAGCCAAACUUUCCCAUUGCUUAUACAGCCCAUGACACAUGAAGAAAAUGAAAGGACUACAUGUAUGGAAUAUCCAAACUUUGAAAAAAUAGCCCAUUUACCAUUUAUACUUCUUGCUGCCUGCUUAGUAGGAUACCUUAUUCCCCUUGGAAUUAUACUAUUUUGUUAUUCUCAAAUUAGCUGCAAACUUUUUCAAACAGCCAAGGAAAAUCCACUGACUGAAAAAUCAGGGAUAAACAAAAAAGCUAUCAAUACAAUCCUAUUUGUAAUUAUAGUGUUCAUCAUUUGCUUUACCCCUUAUCAUGUUGCAAUCAUACAACACAUGAUUAAGAAGCUCCAGUAUCAACCCCUAUGCAAUGAAAACCAAAUUUUCCAGAAAUCACUCCAUUAUACCGUGUUUCUGAUGAAUUUUAAUUGCUGUCUAGAUCCUUUCAUCUAUUUCUUUGCAUGCAAAGGAUACAAAAGGACUGUACUGAAAAUACUGAGGCGACAAGUGAGUGUAUCAAUUUCAAGUGCUGCCAGAUCACACCAUGAAGAAAGCUCACGCGACGUGGGAGAAACACAAAUGAUGGCACUCGCAAAAUCUGCCAAUGGGAAGUUACCUGAAAAAUCAAGUCUGUAGUAUACUGCAGUGGGCUUAAAAAUCCUGGGUCCAUGGUAAAAAUUCUUAGCAUUCCCUGUACAGUAGCUUCAGGAAGAUUCUGUUUCUCAGGAUGUCAGGAAAUCAAGGACUGUUGUUAGACCGAAAAAGAAUUAUCACACGACAGCAGGAAGACUCAAAAUUACAACUUCCUAGCUACAUCACUUUGACUGAUCUCAUUACUUUUUCCAGGAAAUGCACACCAUUGUGAACAUCCAAAUUCCAUACUCCUGGAUGUCAUCAACUCAAGCAAAGAUUUGACUCAGUUGACUGGAUGCCUGAGAAAGGAUUAAACCAAAAAUAGCUUAUAACUCAAGAGUUAAAACUAGCACACCUGAAAAUUACAAGAGCUCUAGCUGAGCUACAAGUACAUCAAUGGGUUUGUUAUCUCAAUCACAGAAGUUAAGCAAUCAAAUUUUUAGAUAAAAUGGACAGCUUCUAUGCACAGUUUUACUACUGCAAGUGCUUAGUUUAUAGUCAUUUGGAGGUAAAAGUGCAUUUUAUAGUACUUAUAGAUUAUAGAGUACUAUAUAGAUUAUGUAUGUCUUACUGGAAAAUUCACAGAUAGUUUUGUCAAAUAUUACAGAUGAAAAUUUAAUGAACUCUUCAAUUCUAACCAAUACUGACUGUGCCCCACCAUUCAAUCACUUGUCUUUUCAAGGUCUAUUACCUCUUGAAUCCUUUUUCUAAGGGAGAACUUUUCUUUCCAGUAUGAAAGAGACUCUAAGUUGUAUAUAAAUUAUUUAUGAACACAGAAAUAAGUUGAUGCUAGAGACUGAAACACAAAAAGUGCACUGUUUUGGUUAAAAGAACAUGGAUACAGGCUUAAAAUGCAUGGAGCUGUCAGGGGAGGAGCAGCUGGGGAUUAGGGAAAGGGUCUGCACCAGAGGGCUGUGGGCACAGAAUGGGCUGUCCAGGGCUGUGGGCAUGGCUCCAUGCUGCUGGAGUUCAUGGAGCAUCUGGACACUGCUUUCAGACAAAGGGCCUCAUUUUUGUGUGGUCCUGUGUGAAGCUGGGAGUUGGACUCGAUGAUCCUUAUGGGUCCCUUCGGAGUUGGGAUAUUCUACGAUUCCAUGAUCAAUCAAUGGCAUCAGCAGGAUUGGCUGGGAAAGAACAAACUUUUCUACUGUGCCUUCACAGAGCACAUCUGGAAUGCAUUUGGGCACAUUGAAAUGGUGCCCGAAGAGACCAAAUGACAUAAACACAUCCUACUGGAAUUGGCUGACUACCAACAUACAUCCAGGAUGUGGGUCUUGGGUUCCUGCUGUCAUGUCCUUCCAUAACGUGUCAAUUUCCUUCCCUGCUUUAUUUCUGGCCGCCGUCUUUUCUUUUGUCUUCUGUCUUAUUAAUAUACCUUCACUUGCCAAUAUAACUUGGUAAUUGCGCCAUGUGAUGAAAAAGGAAAUUUAAAGAAUGCCUGAUAAUUACUGGCAAAAGGUAGGCAAGAUGUCAGAAUAAAUUUUAUUUAUUGCAGCUAUAUCUCUCCAGCAUUGAGACUGUUCUGAAAAGCGAUCAAAUAAACAGUUACAUUUGCCAUCUUUGCAAUUUCUUCCUUCCUCAUGUGUUGACUUCUGCUUACCUGCAAACAUGGAAGGGUUGUAGCUGAAAAGCAGUAUGGAAAAAUUAAUUAAUAAUUACUUUAUUAUGGGAAAGAAAAAGCAAAAGACCCUAUAUUUCAUACCACUUAGACUGUCAAAAUUUAAUUUCCAGUUCCAGAAGACACUAUGUUGCCACAGGAAAGUGGAAUACAAAAAUUUGUUUUUAACAUGAGAAGUUUCACUUAAUUCUGUAUAUUAUAGCAGUUUCGUUCUCGACAGUUUUUUUUAAUAAACUAUUUAAGAAUUUGUUGCUGUAGGAGUCAAUAAAUGAUAACUUGAUAAAGUCA